AUGUCGUCCAAGACUCACAGUCCAGAGAUGUCGCAGUUGAUGGCCAACGCGGAGCAGCACACUCUUCGCAAGACACCUUUUCGAAUCUAUACGACCCCAUUCUCCGACAUUCUUGCUCACCGUUACUCGGGCUCGGGCACCAAGCAGGACCCGUACCUCGUCGAAUGGCUUCCUAACGAUGCCGAGGAUCCACAAAUGUGGUCGUCACUGUACAAGUGGCUGCAGACAAUUCAGGUCGCCAUCGCCACUCUCUCGGUUGCUCUCGCCUCCAGCGCCUACUCUGGCGCCCUUGACUCGCUUCAGGCGCGCUUCCACCCCGAAAAGCAGAUCAUUCUCACGCUUGGCGUCUCGCUUUUUGUCCUUGGCUUUGCCUUUGGUCCGCUUUUUUGGGCUCCCUUCUCCGAGGUUGUCGGAAGGCGCAACCUCUUCAUCUUUACCUAUGCCAUCUUCACCUUGUGGCAGGCCGUCUCAAUUGCUUCGCCCAACAUUGAAUCGCUUCUAGUCUUCCGUUUCCUCUCGGGCUUCUUCGGUUCCAGCCCGCUUGUCAACACGGGCGGUACGCUGGCCGACAUGUUUAACGCAAAGCAGCGUGGUCUUGCCAUGGCCAUCUUUGCCAGCGCUCCCUUUUUGGGUCCUGCGCUCGGCCCCAUCACUGGUGGUUUCCUCGGCGAGACCAGCGGCUGGCAGUGGGUCAUUGGCUUCCUCGCCAUCUUUGCCGGUGUCAUCACUCUGAUCGGCGCCAUCAGCCUGCCAGAGACCUAUGCUCCCGUCUUGCUUCGAUGGCGUGCUCAGAAGCUCCAGGAGCUCACUGGAGAUGAGUACAUCUGCAAGCUUGACAAGGGUCGCGAUCUGCGUCUCAGCACCCAGUUCAAAGUCGCUCUCGGUCGUCCCUGGCUGCUGCUCAUCUACGAGCCCAUCGUUAGUCUUCUUUCCGUCUACAUUGCUAUCAUCUACGGCGUCCUCUACUCGCUAUUUGGCGCUUUUCCCAUCGUCUUUCAACGCUACCGAGGCUGGAGCCCAGGCAUCGGCGGUCUCGCUUUCCUCGGUGUCUUGGUUGGUAUGAUCUUCGCACUCGCCUACAUCAUACUUUUCGAGAACCCCAGGUAUGGCCGCAUCUGCGACAAGAAUGGUGGCAUUGCUCCUCCCGAGGCGCGUCUUCCCCCGGCCAUGAUCGGCGCCGUCUCUGUCGUCGUCGGCCUCGCUAUCUUUGCCGCCACCGAUAGCCCAGACUUGCCAUGGAUCGCUCCCAUCAUCGGCGGUGGCCCCUUUGGUAUGGGCAUGGUGUUAAUCUUCCUUGCAUGCAUGAACUACCUUACCGACUCGUAUCUGAUCUACGCAGCCUCCGUGCUGGCUUCUAACAGCGUCAUCCGUUCGCUGUUCGGCUUUGCAUUCCCGCUUUUCACGUCGAACCUCUAUUCGAUCGGAGGCAAGAACGGUAUUCACUGGGGUCCUGCAAUCGCCGGACUGCUUGCACUCAUCUGCCUACCGUUCCCCUUCAUCUUCUACAAGUACGGAGCAGGCAUUCGGGAACGAUGCAAGUAUGCCUCCGAGGCCAAAAGGAUGCUCGAAAACAUGCAAGCUUCGUCCAAGAAGCAACAGCCCAGGCCAGCCAGCGACAACGACGACGACCUCGAGAAGGCACAGAUCCAUGGCAGCGACAUGCACAAUGUCGAGGCCACGCGCACCAAUAGUCACAUGGGCGACGCCAAGUUGAACCAGCACCUGGGUGCUGCACGCAACAGCAUGGAUGUCGAGGCUUCCACCCAGGCGCACACGCCGCACCACGGGUCGAUUUCGGCUUCUUCAAAUUCUUCCGAUGGUAUGGAACAUCAAUAG